AUGGCAGCUAUGAUGAGCUGGCCUCGUGUAGGUACGCUUGGAUUCCUGACCGUGCAGACAGUGCUGAGCGACGGCCUGCCUCCGGCGCUUCCAGUUCCCUUUGCACAGGCAGCUUUGUGGGCUGCUGAACUUCCUGCUCUUCGUUUGUGCGACAAUGGUGUCGAUGAUCGACAGGAGGGCUGUCCAGCACAGCCCGAGCAUGGGGGUGCUGGGUUCCUGUCCACGGUCUUCACGUGGCGGUACGUCCUGAACAACCUGCGGGCGCUUCUGGUUGCCGAGGCGUCGGAAGGCAGCGGCUCGUCACUUCCAACUGGAUCCUUGCAAGCUGUUCUCUCCUUGCUGCAAGCUCUCGAUCGCCUGAUGCAAAUGCCAGUCGUUGCACAGCUUGUGGAAAUCGCCAGUGCAGCUCGUCAGCUCUUGAAUGAACUCAGGCCGUACUUGGAAGUUCGACCACCUCUGGUCCUGAUGAUUCCAGGGAGGCGCAUGGACCAGUACUGGACUUGGCCUGCCGACGGCAGAACCAGCCUGCGAGACGCUACUUUCACGUUGCGCACUGGAGCCCGGAUGCCUGCCAUUGGCUUUGGCACCUGGCGCCUUUGGGCGAAGGAUGCAUAUCAGCCGGUUAGGUGGGCCCUGGAUGCCGGGUAUCGGCACAUUGACACUGCAGAAGGGUAUGCCAAUGAGGCAGAGAUUGGACGUGCAAUUCUGGACAGCGGCAUACGCCGGGACGAGAUCUUUCUGACAACGAAGGCAUCCUCAGUUCCCAAGGGCCUUGCUGAUAUCUCUUAUUCUGCAGACAUUUUUGCUUUCCAGCUCGGGCAGCUGGGAACGGACUAUGUCGACGUGUACAUGAUGCACACACCACCGGCAGACCUCCAACAGCUACAAACUCUUUGGAGGAUAAUGGAGUCAUUCUAUGAACAGGGCCGUGCGAGGGCACUUGGCGUUUCCAACUGUGAUGUGCGUGAGCUGCAGCACAUCCUUGAUUUUGCGAAGGUCCCCCCGGCAUACGUGCAAAAUCUGUUCAAAAUCUACAAGCCCGGCGAGCAGAUUCCCGUGGAGGAUGUGGUUGCCUUUGCGCACCGGAACCAGGUAGCUGUUAUGGGAUACUCGGUUCAAACGGAAUGGCCGCACAUCAUGCCGCCGCUGCAAGAUCCGCACGUUCUUACGAUUGCCAGUCACGUGGGCCGGACACCUUCUCAGGUCCUGCAUCGUUGGGCGCUUCAGCGUGGGGUCGGCGUCAUCCCAAAAUCUGCGACGCGUGAACGAAUCUCGGAAAACUCCCGGCUCCUGGAUUUCCAGCUGACAGGCGAAGUGAUGCGACUGCUUGAUGGGUUGGCAACAUUGUCGGAGUCUGGUGCGGCUGAAAUCAAGCCCGCGCAGGAGGAUGUAUUUGGUCUUGCCAGGGUCUCCAAUGGAGACUAUGGAAAGCCGACACCUGGGAACUCCGGGUCUACUCACAGGCUCGAAGAUCCUCGCGACAAGGGUUUCCCGUAUGUAGCAAUCAGAGACCACUUGCUCGGCGCACCUGUGGACUUGGGUCCCGAGAUGUGCCGGCAGGCUUGCCUUGACAACGUUCGCUGCGCAGCCUGGGAAGUCUGUGCGCCGCUGAGCCCUGAGGCUGGCUGCGGCGGCUGCUACUUGAUAGGUCAGGUCGAGUUGCUGUCGCCACCCAUGAGAAUACCUGGAUGGUAUGCCGCCAUUGAGCGAGGACCCACAUAG